AUGGGAGAAUUGAGAUCAAAAACCGGUUGUAAUAACUGCCGCAGGCGGCGAGUGAAAUGUGAUGAAACAUCACCCAAAUGCAACAACUGUGUUCGGUUGAACUUGAAAUGUGACUAUUCGUUAGUCUUGAAAUGGGGUGCAGAUGCUCUGAAGUCAGGCAAGGCAUUUGGUCGUUGCAAGAAAUCCAAGGUUGAUGUUGAGUUGAAUUCCAAUCACUUGGAGCUUCGCUUGACAAAACAGGCUGAACAGAUUCCAGGUACGUGGCUCUCGUGCUCUAAGAACCGCUAUUAUUAUAUCAAUUUCACCGCCGACGACUUUGCGACAAAACCUACCGUCACGGAAAAUAAGCUGGAAGAUGGAACUAAUGGCAACCUGCCCCGCUCCCCAAGUAUUGACGAGAAAAGUCAGUCUCUAACUGUGUUCUUGUAUCUUCCAUUGACACAGUACUCUGCGGAAGAAACAGUAAUGUUCACUUAUAUGGUUGAAUCAAUCUUCCCGAGCUGUGUUUGCUAUGGGCACAAGACUGGAAGUGGUAACCCGUAUUUGGAUUACAUUGUACCUCUUGCUAUGGGGUCCGAUGUGGUUUACCAUUCAAUAAUUGCCGCUGGAGCAAACCUGUACUAUCUUCAAACGGGUGAAGACUAUUAUCGUGAGUUCUCUAACUCAUAUAUAAGAAGUGUGAUAAGAAACCUUCCCGACCAGAUUCACAACAAGCAUGCUUCUAACUCAAAGAGCUGGGACGAUAUACUUGUGACCGUUCUCAUGCUCUGUUUCACUGAUAUCUCAAGCAACUGCGAUAAAAGGUGGUUAGAACAUCUUCACAGUGGCAAAAAGCUUCUCGGGCGGCAGCAAAUAAUCGAACAUUCAAAUAAACUAUUGUUGAAGUUCUUCGUUCGAUAUAUCACCAGCCAUGAUAUUAUGUGGGAGACUGUCAAAGAUUCCGGGGAAGAAAUGUCUUUGGAUGGCGAUGUGGGAAUUUACGAAACGUUUAAGAAUGACAUAGACGUAGAUGUUGAUCUUGUAUUGGGUUGUUCGCCAUAUUUGUUGACGCUCAUAAGCAAAACAUCAAACCUUGGUGAUUGUUAUGAGGCUCUAAGACAUGAGAGUGAAGCAAACCGAGAGCUAUUCGAAGAAAUUAUUGGGAGAGAGGCUGAGAGUAUAGCCUCAGAAUUACAGCAACUCGCAAAGCACAAGGAAGUCAAGGCUGGUUAUACUUCCCUUGAAGGAAUCCAUUUGAUUUCAGAAAUUAAAAGACUCACAACAAGACUAUAUUUGUUUGCACGUAUCGAUAUGACUUGGUUCGCCUUACGUCGAUCGGAUUCCUCAACUUCCGCCAGUUUUCGAGAAAAGUAUGCAAAGAUGAAAAGAUUGUCGUCCACUAUUAUUGGUCUAAUGAAAAUGGUGAAAUCUUGUACGAUGGCACUCUCUUGGCCUUUGUUCGUGGUUGGGCUUGUUUCAGCCAGUUUUGAGGACCGCUGGUUUAUUAUCGAUAAAUUCAGAGAAAUGGAAAGUAAUAGAGGUCUUGCUAGUGUGAGACUUGCACGAGAAACUGUCGAAGCAUCUUGGAAACGAAGGGAUAUUGCUGAAGGACGUGUGUUCACUUGGAAUGAAUUGUUGGGCUCCCAGGGACGAACACUAAGCUUGGCAUGA